AUGGCCACAUUCAGCAACAACUUUUGUCUAAUGUUGUUAUGUUUUAUGAUGAGUUCGACACUGAUGUUGAACACUGUGCUUUCUAAUGUUGCUUCGGCACCAUCAAAUUGGCCUGGGCCAGUGUCAUCAUCGUACGAAAGUUAUUUGGCUAAUUGUGCAUCACAUUUAGAUCCAAUUUGUGGUAGAGACAUAUACUUUGCUGUAUUUUAUGGUAACGCAACUAUCAUUAAAGAUUGUUGUGACGAACUUGUGCGCGAUGUUGGAAAAGUGUGCCACGAUGAUAUGACAAAAUUUGUUUUGACUAAGACACAGUUCAAGAGCAGUGGUGUUCAGAUCGUGGAGAGGAGCCAGAAGGUUUGGAAUGACUGUGUUGGCGUUGUUGAAUCAUAG